AUGUCUCCGUCUACACCUGCAUACCACUACGUCCUCUACCAAGGAUGUGGAGAAACGCAGGUGGGCUGGCAUGGAGAGACAUACUGCCUGGUUGGUGGCUACCGACUCUAUGGAGAUGCUCCCUUGCCCACUCCACCAAAGGCCAAAGCAGAAAAGCCAGCAGAGAAGCCAGCCCAGAAGCCAAACCAGAGAGGCAGAGGGGCUCCCAAGAAACGCCGAGCUCCAGCAGAGACAGAAAAGACCCUGGGCUGUCCCAGGCCCAAAAUUCCUGCCAAGAAAGCAUUGCCACAGAAGCUGGCUGGCUAA